AUGCCAAUGGAGAUCCUUCAGCGCAGCCUCAAGUAUCUUGACAUUGAAACUCUGGUCAACAUUCGCCGUUGUUCUCAAUAUUGCAGGCUGGCAGUUGAUGAUACGCUGGAAUGGCAAGAAAUCUCGGAAAAUGCUCCAGAGGCCUUGCGCGCCAUUUUAUGUACUGGUGUGGGAUCCCAUAUACUUCUGCUCCAGUUGCACCAUGCCUUAACAAACCCUAAAUGCGUAUUCUGCAAAAGAAUCGCAUAUUUGGAUGGUGAAGAAAUGAUGGGUGCCUUUUUAUCACUCUUUGAAGGGAAGCGAGCUUGCGGUUAUUGUCUCCGGAAUGAUAUCUCUCUUAGAUCCAUCCCAUAUGUCGACUUCAUGCGACUCCAGCGUCCCAACUCUGCAAUCCAAAUUCGGCCCGAGGUGCGAAAUCCACCAAAGUUACGAACGCUUCCAGGUACCUACGGCUACUAUAAGUACAAGAGCUCUGAGCGUCAGCUUCUUGUCCCCCUGGGUGAAGUCGAAUACCCGCAACGAAAGACAAUUAUUGCUGCGCUCACGACACGAAUUAUCCCUAAGCAUCCAUUCGCUGCUCGCCCAGUAUUGGACAGAUAUCUUGCGCCACACAAUGCCUACGUGGGAUUCGAACGCGAGGAUGAGAUUGCCCGUCGUUACAUGACUGCUAUUUCAUUUCCUUACUUUGGAAAGACUCAAACUCACCCCAAUGACAAAAAGCGUGUGGCUUUUCAUGGUUGCGUGGAGUGUCAUCUUCAAGAGAGAUUCCACGAGAUUCUAUUCUUGGAAUCUCUCAAUCCGGGUGGCGCCGACGCAGGAGACAUGAUAUGUGCGGAGUACUUAUACAAACAUCAGACGAGACAAUGGCUCAAUGAUGUAGCUGCGGAGAAGAUACAUGCGAGAGAUUAUCACGAGCGGAUCGAAGGAGGGGAAGUAGAGUGGAGAAAGCGAAGACAGGCGCCAAUCCCAAUUUUCUGUGAACCGGAUAAUUCAGAAGAAUUUCGAAUGUAA